AUGACCUACACGAGAAACUACGCCGAGGGAACACCGCACGAGUGCAGGUGCGACAGCUACUGCGACGACUUCUGCGACGAUGGGCCGAAUGGCUGCGCCAGGACGUGCAGGAUCUUGAACGGAGUUUUCGAGCACAUCCCGUCCGUACAUGCAGGCGACCGUACUUGCACCUGGUACGCGCACUACGUGACCAACCCGAUUAACUACGAGGGCUACGAUUGCUCGUGGAUGACUGGCACUGGCGAGGGCGGCCAUGGAGACGAUUGUCAAGAUUGGACGUCCGUUGGCGCCUUGAAGUGCCGGGAGGGAAACCAGAACCAGAACAAUUGCCAUUUCUAA